CAGGGCAUCCAAAUCCACCGUGGGAUCGUUUACGGCUCCCACGCCCGGCUCCUCACCCCUGAUGAAGCCAAACUAGCAACCCCAGGUCAUACGCACAGAUGGACAGUCUUCCUCCAGUCCGCUGCGACCCCUCCGCCGACUAUGAGAUUGAAUUCGAAAGCGACUGGGGUGGAGGAUGAGAACGAGGAUUUUAUCACGGGCGGAGCGGACGAUCUGAGUUGGUUGAUCAAGCGGGUGACGUUCAGGUUGCACGAGACGUACCCUUCGCCAAAUCGACCGGUCGAUAAACCACCCUACAGAGUGACCGAAACGGGCUGGGGAGAAUUCCCCCUAAACAUCCGGGUCCAGUUUCAACAGGAGACGGGAGAGAAGACGGUAGCCUUUGGACAUCAGUUGCGGUUACAUCAUUGGGGACCGCCUGCGCUUGGGCCUCAGCCGCAGGCAGAGGGAUCGGGAUCUCAGGAGCAGGGUGCAUCAGGACCGGGAGCUCACGAGGAGGGUGGUAUCGAGACAGCAAGGGUAAAACCUGAACCGAAGGACGAUGCUCAGAUGGUCACCGUCGCCGACUCUGCCGUCAAGGGCGGUAACGAACCCGCCGAACCACCUACGGCAUCAUCGACGGACUCUUCGACCCCGGUCGUCCAGAUCAACCCUCUUCCAGUCCACUCCUGGCAGUACGACCAGUUCGUCUUCACAGACCCCACAACCACUCUAUACCAGCUUCUUUUGGACCAUCCAGAGACGCCACUCCCACGCCGGUCUCUACGGAUGGGUCAGGGAAAACAUAUGGGAGAAGGAGCGAUCUUGGGGGUGGACAGGGGGAGCGCGGGGGUGCCGCUGGAGUUUACGCAGGAGAUGGAGGUGGCCGAACGGGAGAGGUUGGAACAGGCUCGGAGGAGUUUGGUAGAGGAGACCGAUCGAUGGAGGUGA